AUGGGGCUUGUGGUGGGAUAUUGGUACGAUUACACUUGUUUCGGAAUAGUGGGUGUGGCCUUCAUCGUUGCCCUCUAUGUGCUAUGGAGAAAGGAAGUAUUUGACAACAAAACCAGCAAUUAUGAGAGCCUGUUAAUUGGGAAGCAGCCUAUAGGAAAUUUGAGGUCCUCUCAGCCAUGGAGCACUUGUUGGAAAGGGUUGCACCUCAUCUGGCUGCUUGGACUUCGUUUUGCAUCAUUGUCUAUUCUUUGCGGAUUUUUGGCUAUGACAUGCUUUACUACGAUGCAUCUAUCUAUGUGUAGUACACCGAGAGCUGUUAUUCUGACUGAGAUAACAUUUUGGUCCAUUAUAGCACCAUUUCUGUCAAAUGUGCAUCUACAAGUGAAUCUGUUGCUCACUUUGUUAAGGCCCUUAAGGGUGCUAACAUCUGCUAUAUGUUUUACAAUUGAUGGGUGGUAUGCAUACUCUAAAUUCUGUGCUUCUUCUCCUUGA